UCCGUGACGCGCCAGUUCAGCGCCAUCCCUCUUACACCGUUCCGAAUAUCUCCUGUACUAGGCGAGGACCAAACACAUUGAUGCUUCGUGUGCGAACGCGGCGAUGACGCGACUCACACACGAGCCUCGGAUGUCCCCGGUUAGCCGGACCAGGGAUGGGCCGGACCUCCCUGCACUGUCUCAACUCUCAGGCUAUUGCCGCCAGCACGGGGCGAAAACGCGAGCCGGGCAAUAGAAACUGAAAUCAACGUGUUCACCUCUGGGUAGUUGGCUAGUAAUUGGCCUCCAUAUGCCUCUGGUUACCACUGGUGCCGCAUGUGAAAGCGCGGCAAGCCGGUCUCGCGGUACGGUGCACCCGGCGGCAACGCCCCUGCGUUUGUUGGUGCGGGGGGCCGCGGACCGUGUGCUAAAUAAGCCGCUCGCCCCGGCGGGCAAGCCGUUUGCGCGCCUGCUGAAAGCCAUGACUGACCUGCCCGCGGUGACUCUUGUGGCGCCGCCCGAGCCGGGCGCGUGGGUGAGUCAUGUGCCGUUGUGGGCUAACCCGGCGCUGUGUGAGGACGGCCGCACGUGGGACGUGGCUUUCGCGGAUUUGUUCGCUCUGCCGGGACUGGCGUGUGUGGGCCAGCUGGUUGCAGCGCAUGACGGCCUGAACGACCUGCGGCAGGCCUUGACACGCCCUUGGGCGGAGGGCUCCCGGUUUGGUGAAGCGUGUGUGGAAAUGUAUGUGACUGCUGUGUGGCGGCGGGUGCUGCACUGGAGCACGCGGGCGCGCCUGCCGUCGCCCCUGCCGGGGCCGGCGUCGCCUCAAGCGGCGGCCGCCCGGUUUGCGGCGGCGGUGGCCCUUCUUCCCGCUGGCUGGGCUGCCGCCGCGCGUGCGGCCCAGCUGGCUCGGGGGCCUGCCGCCGCGCUGCCGCUCCCGGUGGCCGACGUCAUGAGUGCUACGGCGGAGUCGGUGCAACAGGUGGUGCGGGGGCUUGGAUGGCUGCAGUGCGGGGGGCCGCCCAUCAUGCUCACUGCCUGCACGGUGAAGGCGGGGACCGUGCUGCCAAUGGCUCCACAGUUAGCCGCCCUGAAGGCUAAGCAUUUGCAAUAUGUGUGCGAUGCGGGUGUGUCGGGGGUGGGGGCUGCCCUGGCGGCGGGGGCCUUUGUGUGCACCUUGGCCCGCUUGUAGUCGCUGAAAUGGGAGAAUCAUCGUAAGGAAGCACUGUGGCGUGUGGCGGCCAACGCUUGCUGGGCGUUUCCACGACAUGCUAACGAGCGGGCGCGAGGCGUUGCUGUUGACUCGUGUUGGGCGUGUGGGAUUGACAUGCAGGAUGGGGACCGGCGUCACUGGUUUUGGGACUGCACUGUUGCACUGUCGCUGCGGGAAUGUAUGGGGAUGGCUAUGGGUUUCCUGCCGGAGGAGGCUCUAAGUGCCUUCUCUCGUGAGGGGUUGUGGUUAGUGCGCCCGCCUGCGGGGCUUGCGCCACCUGUGUGGGAUGUGGUGUGUCUCGCUGCUAUCUCGGGCUGUUGGUGACGGCAUGGUUUUGCGCUUGCCGUAUGACGCUGAUUCCCCGCCUCCCUCGCCGUGAGAGGUUGUGCGUGGUUGGUGGCUUUGCGUGUGGGCAGGAUGCACGUGUGGGCGACCGUUCUAGUCCCUGGACGCUUGCACCUUGGUUAGUGCGUGCGCUCUGCGUGUGUCUUGCGGCCUAGACGUGCCUCCUGUGCCUAGGCUUGUGGCGUUGAGGCACAGCGGUGGGGCUCUGGCGGGUUGAGGCUUGGCUAGGACUCACUGUGCGCGGAGUCACACGGACUUUGCCCGCGGGAGGGUUUGCAGCAAAGUCGGGGUUGGUGGAGUCAAGUUGGGCCCUGAUAGCAUGUGAUGGCUCGGCGUCUUCGGGUGCUGGGACUGUCCCCUCUGUAACAUCCGCAUUCGUAUGCCUCCAUUGGUCAGCCACCUUCCUGCAGGUGCGCUGCGACUCUGCUUUGCGAGUGUGGCGUUGCGGUGCGUGUGUCUGCUGCUAUCGCCUGGCCGGGCGCCCGGAGCGUGAGGAAUGCGCGUCAGCAAACUUCCAGCCAGCCAGCAACUUGUCGGUACUGUAACUCCGGUGUUCG